CGAAACAUGGCGCCACCCAUUCACUAUUCUAUGUCAAUAAUUAGUCAUUGCUUAUCGGCAGCUUAUCUUGUUGUGAUUCUUAUUUAAACAUAAAUAAACCAAAGAGCGAGUCGUUCAUGUCAGGUGACCUGCCAGAUCACUACGUUCUCGACGACAUGUCGACAGAGGUGACCGACGGAGAUGUCUUCGCGGUGGAAAGUGACACAACUAACAUCCUCCCGGACGAUGCAGACGCCGACGCGACCAGGGACGAUGACGAUGACCCUCCGCUGGCGUUGGGGAAGGGAGCCGGUGACGCAGCCACCGAGAGAAAAAUUCUGACACGAGCGCACAUCUCGGUUGCGAUAUUAUUCUUGAUAAACCUCUUGAAUUAUAUGGAUAGGUUUACGGUUGCCGGUGUUUUAGAUCAAAUAAAAAUCUACUAUGGGUUGUCCAACAGUCAGGCGGGAGCUCUCCAGACUGCCUUCAUCUGUAGCUACAUGGUGUUCGCUCCAUUGUUCGGUUACCUCGGCGACCGAUACAACAGGAAGGCAUGCAUGACCGUCGGCAUAGCGCUCUGGUCGCUGACGACGUUUGCGGGAUCGUACGUUCCUCAGGGGCAUUUCUACGCGUUCCUCGUGUUGCGGGGUCUCGUUGGCAUCGGCGAGGCGAGUUACUCCACCAUCGCUCCGACGAUCAUCGCUGACCUGUUCACGAAGAACAAACGCUCGCAGAUGCUCAUGGUCUUCUACUUCGCGAUCCCAGUCGGCAGCGGCCUGGGCUACAUCGUCGGCACAAACGUGGCAUCCAUCUUCCACAAGUGGCAGUGGGGACUUCGGGGUCUCUCGUGGUACCCGAAGCUGAUUCAGCGUGAUCCUCAUCCUCCCUGCUGCUGCAUGAGCCUCCGCGAGGCAGAGGCUGUGGCCGAGCCGCAUCACCUCACCAACACCGCUGGCUGCCCUCCGACAAUCGCCUACAUAUCGUGCGAAGUGACUUCUCAUUGCCAGUGCAUGCCGGUCAGGGCAUUAGGCGGAGGUGGCUGGUGGGCAGUCGACGCGGCCAGCAAGAGCUCGUGGACGAACGACGUCGGCCGCACGGCAGGUGGCGUUUGGUCGCCGUGCGCCCUCGUCGUGCGUUCGCCGCCGCUCUACAUUGGGCUUAACGCGAUGACGCAUGAGGGACAUCCGAGCCUGGACUCAGAGGUCAGCAUCAUCUUCGGCGUGAUCACGUGCGUCGCUGGUGUUGUCGGCGUUGCCGCCGGCUCCCAGGCCGCUCAGCUGAUCAAGCGGACGAAUCCUCGCGCUGACCCCCUUGUCUGCGCGUUCGGACUCCUCUCCUGCUCGCCCUUCCUCUUCUUCGCGCUCGUCGCCAGCAAAAGCAGCGGUGGCGCCGCCUGGGCGUUGAUAUUUAUCGGCGAAACCCUCUUGUGCCUUAACUGGUCCGUACAAGCCGACAUUGUAUUGUACGUGACCGUGCCCACGCGACGCUCGACCGCGCAGGCUUUCCAGAUCCUCAUCUCGCACCUACUGGGCGAUGCUGGGAGUCCAUACCUUAUCGGCGUGGUGUCUGACAUCAUAGCGAGAGACAUAGGUAACGAGGACACGAUCUACACGAAGUUCCACUCUCUGCAGUACGCUCUCUACUCCACCGCUUUCAUCGCCGUCCUGGGCGGCGGAUUCUUCCUCGCCUGCUCCCUCUACGUCGUCCAAGAUCGCGCCAAGGUCGACGCCAUCUUGAAAGGUGACUCUGAGUCCUCGGCCACCCUCGAAGUGGACGCCUGCGCG